AUGGCGUCUUCCAAGUCACAGCAGUUCUUUCAUACAUCAGGCGCGACGGACUCAGUCUGGGUGCAUCAAGAUCCCGUCUCCAAUCGGCCAUCUUUCUCCAAGCUCAACCAAGACAUUGAAACCGACGUUUGUGUCAUCGGGGCUGGAAUUGGCGGUAUUUCUACAGCCUAUGAGCUCGUCACUCGCGGUCGCGAAGUCGUUCUUCUUGAGGCUCGUCAGGUUCUCUCCGGAGAGACAGGUCGCACUAGUGGCCAUUUGACCAACGAUCUUGAUGAUGGGUAUACUGAGAUUGCGAAGAAGCAUGGUGAUGAAGGCGCCAAAGUUGCAGCUGAAAGCCAUGCUUGGGGACGAGAUCGCGUCGGAGAAAUUUCGAAGGUGCUCGGUAUUGAGUGCGAGUAUCGCAAACUCCCGGCAUAUGAGGUUUCUCAGUAUUCCACCAAGGAUGCGAAGGAGCAUGAAGAUGAGAUGAAUGAUCUUCGCAAGGAAGAAGCUGCUCAGCGAAAGUUUGGCAUUGACGCUAGAUUUGAUGAAUCGCUGACUGUUCGUGGCUGGGACGGAGCAAUCGACCAACGCGGCGGACUCAUCGUCAAAGACCAAGCAACAUUCCAUCCAACAAAGUAUCUCAACGGCAUCCUCAAAUGGCUCACAACCCAGCCCAACUUCCGCUGCUUCGACGAAACACGUGUCAUGUCCGUUGAAGAGAAAGGCAUUGAGAUUCUCGGCAUUGGCAACAAAUCCGUCAACGUGUCAACAACAGAUGGCUAUACCGUCAAAUGCAACAACGCCGUCGAAGCAACUUGCGUUCCCCUCCAGAAGCUCAGCGUCAUCGCUCAGAUGGAGUUUAUGCGGUCCUACUGCAUUGCUGCGCGUGUACCCAAGGGCGCUAUUGAGGAUUGUCUUUUGUAUGAUCAGGCGGAGGAGUAUAAGUAUAUUCGACUGACGGCUUGUGAUGAUGAGCAUGAUUAUCUUGUUGUUGGAGGCUGUGACCACAAGGUUGGACAGGAGGAUACGACUACUGAGUUUGGUGAGCUUGAGGAAUGGACGCGUGAGAGGUUUUCACAGGUCAAGUCUGUUGAUUAUCGCUGGAGUGGACAGAUCUUUGAACCUGUGGAUUUCAUGCAGUUCAUUGGUAAGAACCAGGGCAACGAUCACAUUUACAUCAUCACUGGGGAUUCGGGAGAUGGUUUGACGCAUGGAGUUUUGGCUGGGCGAUUGAUCGCAGACGAAAUCGACGGUAUCAAGAACCCAUGGGCAGACGUAUACUCCCCAAAGCGUAUCGCUUCAAUGGUCAAGUCCCUCCCCAGCAUGAUCGCACACGACGUCCAAAUCAACGCGCAAUACAAGCGCUUCCUACAGUCCGACAUCACAGACAUUGAAGAUCUCGGCCGUGGAAUGGGCGGAGUUUUAAACAAGGCCGGGUCAAAGCCCAUCGCGGUGUACAAAGACGAAGAGGGUAACGUCAAGCAGUACAGCGCUUUGUGUCCUCAUAUGAAGGGCGUUGUGUGCUGGAACAGUACUGAGAAGAGCUUUGACUGUCCUGUUCAUGGAAGCCGAUUUUCACGAGAGGGUAUUUGUGUUAUGGGGCCUGCGAAGGGAAACCUGCCGCCUGUUGAUGAGGCUGGAAAGGCUGAUCAGGAAACUGUCGCUGGUAGCUAGAUAUUGGCCAAAUGUAAUCAACAAUCGACGAUGUUGUUAUGUAAUUGAGAUUGCUGAAGUAUCCGCGUAUGCGAAUGAAACGAGUGUGUGUAUUACGUGCUCAACCGCUGCGACGUUAUACGCGUACACAUCAUCAGUCCAUCAAAAGGCGACAUCCUCCACGCGUC